AGUUUUUAAACGAAUAUUCCCUGAUGUGCCUGUGUUCCGGUUUCACGGGUCUAUCUGAUACGAUGUAAAACGUUCGUGUUCAAUGGAGUACAGUGGUAUGACCGAUUGUUAGAAGCGUCAUUGAAAACGUCGUUUCAAUUGUAGUACGAUAUUUAUGUGUCAAUAAAAUUCACGGAAAGCGCAACAUACUUGACAAAUUUCUAGCUAACGAACGAAAUAAAUUUAUUAAAUAUGAGACGCAAAAGUGAAAGAAAUAAAGCAAAAGUUGGGACUCCCGAGAAGGAAGUCGAACGUGCAACACGAAAAUCAACACGAAGAUGUGUAAAACAAACACCAUCAACAUCUCCAGAACAAGAAAAUAUCGAGGAAUUAUCAAAAAGCUUGAGCAAUAAAGAAACAGAAAAGAAAUCUGCAUAUCUUCAAAAAAAGGAAGUGGAACAGAAAGAAGAAUGUAACGAAAAAGUUUUGUCUGUUGAAACAGAUGUUAAGACUAAAUUACAAGAAGAUGAAGAAGACAACAAUACUGGAUCAGUUUGGAAAGUGUCAAGAGCUAAUGCAUCGCCGGGCGAGAUACAGAUAUUAAAGUUGUCUAGACAGCAUAGCAUAUUAGAAGGACCAUCUGAUACUUCUUUAAAUAGGAAAAAAUCGAACAAGUGGCAGGAAAGUGGUGAGGGAGUUGCAGAGGAGGUUGACUCGGCAGAUAAGCAACUGGUUUCUUGUACAAGAAUGCUCAGUAGCAUUGAACAGCCGAACGAUCCCUCCUCUUCAUACCCAGGUCAGGACUCCAACGAAGAGGUAAGUGAUAGCAAGGAGAUCCUGCCUGAAACCACUUCAGCCAACUUGUCUGACGCUAAACCAAACAUAGAUCAACAAGGUGAAUCAAAUGAGGCAAAUUUCUCCAACGAAAUCGCUGAUAGUGAACCCAUUAAGUCGGGUAGUACAACCAUGUUGGGUCCUAGUUCAAAUGGUAAUCGCUCAUCCGAGGAGACAAACCUUAUACCAAAGGAAGAAAAAUGUAUGGAAGAUGCUAACGAAAAAUCAACGAAAGAAUUUAGUAAAGAAAUUAAUGUCGAAAAUACUCAAAGAGAUACAAGUAGUGACGAUGAUGAUGAAAAGGAAAAAAUUCAUAAAGUAAACUCAUCAUCUGAAUCGAAUGAUGAAAUUCGUACUAAAAGUAAUAGAACUGGUGGCAGAAUACAAUGUGCUAGUCGCAGAAAGCAUCGAACUAAGUAUCGAGAUUCAUCCAAUUCUGAUACACCAGAUUCUGAGGAUGAACCUCCCAUUAAAAGAGAUAUCGAAAUUGAUGCUUAUAUGCAAGAGGAAAAAAUAAGUACACAGGAUUCUCAUGAACAAAAAGAUCAUUCUGAAUCACCAAAAGCAAGAAAUAAUUUUUUAAUAAGCAAUGUGGAAAUAGAAAUAGAACGUUGUGAAGAAAAUAAACAAAAGUUGGAUAGUCUAACAGAUAAGUCAGAAUAUUCUGCAUCAACAACAAUGCAGUUGAUGAGUUAUAAACCUGUGAAAGUAAAUUUAAAGAGAUCUUUUUCUUCAAGAAUGUUAACAGAGAAGAAUGAUAUCAAAAAAGAAGAUAAUGAUGCAAACACAAAUAACGAAACAAAUGUUCCAAAUAAGGAAAACCAUGAUAGUACUGAACAGAAUUCAAAGUGUGUUCCUAGAAAACGUCGAUGGGGUACUGCAUUAUCUACUGAUACCGCACCUUCAUUUUCAAUUUCUACGGAUUCACUUAAAGCAUUAGUACCAGGGGCACGACCGUUGUCAAUAAAUGAAGUUCGUCUCUCAAAGGACGACGAUGAAGACAGAGACCGUUAUCGGGUUAGCGAAAAAUGGCAUAAUUGUAGUAACGAGGGAGUAAAUGAUAAUAAGUCCAGUGAUGAAAAUAUACAAAAAAAUGGUGCAGCAAAGAAAGGGGAUACAAAGAUAGAUAAUCAUAUAGCAGCAAGGCGUAAAAUAUCGAUUGUUAAAGGAGCACCACACGUAAAAUCUCCAAGUCCACCUGCUACAAAGCCUACAAACAUCCUUUUGAUCAAAAACUUGGUUCGUCCUUUCACUUUAAAUCAAAUUAAAGAGCUUUUAUCGCGUACUGGCAUAAUUAUUGAAAAUGGAUUUUGGAUGGAUAGAAUUAAGUCCAAAUGUUUCGUUGAGUAUGCCAAUGAGGAUCAGGCAUUUGAAACGAGGCAAGCAUUACAUGGUAUAUCUUGGCCAGUUUCAAACCCAAAAAAGCUUCAUGUUGAAUAUGCAACUAAAGAUGAUAUGGAAUUGGCGCGAGAAUUAUCAAAAGAUCAGUCCAUUCCAAGAAAAACGGAACCUCUUGUUCCUUCUGAUUCAUGGCAACAGGAUUGGAAUCGUGAAGAAAGAACAAAUACAAAGGUGAUGGUAGUUCGGGAAUGGGACCUAGGUAAAGAAGAUGGUCAGCAACACAUAAAGGAGAAAGAACGUGAAAAGAAAGAGCAUGACAAAAAAAGACGACAGAGGAGUCGAAGUCCAGCAGUAGAAGCCCACCUUCCAGCUCCAGCUCGUAAAUUUAAAAAAAAAGAGGAUGAACCGCCACUAGCUAAACUUUUAGAUGAUCUCUUUAGGAAGACAAAAGCAACACCAUGCAUAUAUUGGUUACCACUCACAAAUGAACAGAUAGUUGUAAAAGAAGAAAUGAGAAGGCAACAUAUGGCAGAACAUGCGCGCAGAUUAGAAGAGAUGAGACGUGCAGAGAGAAACAACAGGGACGGUCGUCGCCGCCGCAGCCCGAGAAAAUAGUUCUUUGAUUUACCUCCUUCGAUAAACGUACCUUUUCCUUUCCGAUGCAAAAAUUUCCAUUUUUGACCAGUUAUAUUUUUAAGAACGAUGCUAUGGAUCAUGAAAAGACAAAUGGAUCUUUUCUUUUUACAUUAGACAGACUACCCAAACAUGUUCUUUAAACUUUGAUUUCUUAAUUGUUCAUCAA